AAAUGUCUCUCCCAACGACGACGUAUCAAGUCGCGCAUGCUGGUUUUCCCUUUCUUCAGACCUCCUGACUCUCUCGCUCUUGCGUUUUGCGGCAAUGGCGGCGGCGACGGAAAAUGACGACACCAUCCUCGACAACCAGCUCAAACCAGAUUCCGAACCGGCUCCGGUCAACCCCUCCUCUCCACCCGAAGAGAAACCUCUUUCUAAAAACGCCCAGAAGAAGCAGCUGAAGCAGCAAAGAUACGAGGCGAAGAAGGCCGAGAAGAAGGCGCAAGAGAAGGAGCACAAGAGGAAAGAAGGCGAGAGAAAGCACAAGGAGUGGGAAGAAACACUAGCCAACGCGACGGAGGAAGAGAGGCUGAAGCUUAUCGAGUCGAGGAGGAGUCUCCGGAAGGAGAGGAUGGAGAAGAGGUCCGAGGAGAAAGAGAAGAAGAUGGAGCGGCUCACCAGGGCCAAAGAGAUCGGACAGAACAUCGUCAUAGAUGUUGACUUCGCGCAUCUUAUGUCCGAGUCUGAGAUCUCCAGCCUCGUUCAGCAGAUAAUGUAUUGUUAUGCGGUGAAUGGGAGGAGCAAUUCUCCUUGUCAUCUAUGGCUAACGGGAGUGCAAGGGGAGAUGAGUACUCAGCUUGAUAGGCUUCCAGGUUUUGAGAAAUGGUUUAUAGAGAAGGAGAGUAAGUGUUACAUUGAGGCCAUGGCUGAUCGGAAAGAGAAUUUGGUGUACCUUACGGCUGACUCCGAGACUGUGUUGGAGGAUCUUGACCCUAAGGAUAUCUACAUAAUUGGUGGGUUGGUUGAUCGGAACAGGUUCAAAGGGAUCACAAUGAACAAGGCACAAGAACAAGGGAUUAAAACAGCUAAACUUCCUAUAGGAGAGUAUAUGAAAAUGUCCAGUUCUCAGGUUCUCACUGUGAACCAAGUGUUGGAGAUACUCGUGAAGUUUCUUGAGACGAGGGACUGGAAAACAUCCUUCUUCACUGUGAUUCCACAGAGGAAACGAAGUGGAGUUGAUCCUGUAGACUCUUCGAAACUUGAACCUCUCUGAAGAGCAUCAAGAGGAAGAACAUGAUGAUUCUUCGGAGAGGAAAAAGGUAUGCGUUGAAGCUCCUCUGCAAAGUGGUAGUAGCUAGAUGAAAGAUAAAAUGCAUGCUUCUAUUUCCCUUGAACGCUAGUUUUUCUGUAGUUGAGAAAUUUGAAUUUCGAAUGUUAUGUCCUUCCUUAUUAUUAUUAUAUGUUAGAGUCAAGACGCACUACAAGUCAAUUCCUAUAUUAAAGA